UCUCUCUCUCUCUCUCUCUUUCUCUGUCUUCUUCCCUAAACCUUGUUAGCACCUUUCUAACUGAGUUUUAUGUUUGGUUUUACAAUUCUUAAUAGUUCUCUAACAAUGGAUUUUAAGGUUGCAGCAAGAUUUCAGACAACAUCACCAUCACCAUCACUAUCACCAGCAUCUCUCUCCUUCAUUUGGAGUGUGUGUUUGUGAGGUUUCGUUAGGGUUUGAGGAGCAUACAUACAUAGAUAGAGGUAGGCAUAAAAUGAGACAGUCCUGAAUCAUUGUGCUGGCCGUGGUUGGUGGGAGGAGCGAAACUUGACCUUGUCGGUUGUUGUUCUGCAGUAUGAGUGAUGACUUUGAUUAUGAUCUUGAUCAUCAUCAAAGAAGAGAUCAAUAGUGGAAAGCCAAGCUAAAGAUCAAAAGUUAUCAUUCAAGAAAUCAAAUUAAAUGGAUAGAAGAAGAAAUGAAGCCCUAGAUCGCCAUCAUCAUCUUCAUCCACAGACACAUAUACCAGGAAAAGAUUCAAACCCAGAUCCAUACCCAUCUCCACUGCCAAUUGCAACCAUUUCUAGUCCAUCAAACUCAAAAACACCGCCACUGCUGCCACCACCACCACCACCACCACCAGCAGCAGUUCGAUACAGUGAGUGCCUCAAGAACCACGCGGUGAGCACCGGAGGUCACGUCAUCGACGGUUGCGGAGAAUUCAUGCCUGCCGGAGAAGAGGGUAGCCCAGAAGCAUUGAAAUGUGCAGCUUGUGAUUGCCAUCGAAAUUUUCACCGGAGAGAGUACGAAGGCGUGUCUCAAAUUAAAUCAGCUGCUAAUUCUUUCUACCCUUAUAAUCCCAACAGAAACAGUACUAUCCUUAGAACCACCACCACAACCCAUCUCACUCAAGUUCCUCCUCCACUUCCUCCACCGCCGCCCCACCAUAAUAAUCAUAGAUACUCUCAAGGUUUGUCCACUAGUGCCUUCAUGAUGGCCUUUGGUGGGGCCAGCGGAGCUCCGGCAGAGUCAUCAAGCGAAGACCUUAACAUGUUUCAUUCCUAUAAUGUUGGAACACAACAACUGAUGACACAACCGCCAUUUUCGCGGAAGAAGAGGUUUCGGACGAAAUUCACUCAAGAACAGAAAGAUGGGAUGGAAGAGAUUGCGGAAAGAUUGGGAUGGAAGAUCCAGAAGCAAGAUGAGGAAGAAGUAGAGAAGUUCUGUGGUGAAGUGGGUGUGAAGAAACAAGCGUUCAAGGUGUGGAUCCACAACAACAAACAAUCCAUGAAAAAGAAACAACUGUAAGAAAAUCUGCAAAACUCCCUUAUAGAUUAUUAGUCCCUAAUCAUAUAAAGAUGAUAAUUUAUUUC